CCUUCUGUUGUGUCACCUGCAGGUCUUCAAGGACUUAAAGGAGAUGAAGGAAGAGUCGGCCCCCCAGGGCCACAGGGCCCCCUGGGAUCUGAUGGGAAAGGGGCCCAAGGUGAGCCUGGAGCGGCCGGACCCCCCGGAGCAAAAGGGGAUCCUGGUGAGAGAGGAGAAGCGGGUACCCCGGGCACAGCCGGUGAGCCUGGCACUGCUGGAGAGAAAGGGGAGACUGGGGAAACUGGAAGGGAAGGACUGCCAGGUGCCCCGGGGAGAAUUGGGGACAAAGGAGAAAAAGGAAAUCAAGGUUCUAUGGGAGAUCCGGGGCAGAAAGGAGACACAGGAGAAUCAGGGUUACCAGGGCUUCCUGGGGCCAAUGGAGAGCCCGGAAUGUCUGGCCCACCGGGCCCUAAAGGGGCCCCUGGAGAGAAAGGGAAUCCUGGCACCCAAGGACAACCAGGGACACAACCAGCGAUUGUGCGGCUUGUGGGCGGGACCCAUCGGGGCCGAGUGGAAAUCUUUCAUGGUGGCAACUGGGGUACGAUCUGCGACGACAACUGGGAUCUGAAUGAUGGGGCGGUUGUCUGCCGAAUGUUGGGGUACUCCCGGGCGGUACAGGCCUUCACUGCCGGAGGAGGUGUCGGGAAGAUCCUAUUGGACGAUGUGAACUGCGUCGGGUCGGAGACCAGUAUCCUGCAAUGUACCAAACCCAACUGGGAGGCGCACAACUGUAACCACAACGAGGAUGCUGGGAUUGAGUGCGGCUCCUAGGGAACCCCAGAAGUACCCCAGGGGGGCAGUACCCCAAUGUAAUAUAAAGAGCCACAUCCUAGUGUAUAUGGCCCCCUCACUGUCCUACACUUCCCAUGAUGCACCCUUACUCCCAGGGUUACUGUAUUAUUCUGCACCUCCCACUCACGUAGCUGUACAGAUGCUUUCUGGUUACUAAGGUCAGUGACCCCCCCGGCAACCUGAAAGCAGAUUCAGGACAAAUAGAUCGGCAGCAAAAUGUCCCCAGAUUCAUAUUAAAUGUUGUUUGUUAGGUGAGUUGCCCUUUAAUCGGCUGCCAGUGCCCAGAGGGGGGCUGGGGGGGGCAAGUUUCUAUAUAAUAAAGAUUUGCUACAGAA